AUGUUGCGAAAAGACGAAAUAUCUUCAUACUUCCUUGUCAACUUCAUUUCCUCUAUCGAGGGAAUCAUGGAAACAAAGCCAGAUUCAAAGCUCUACCCGGUUGCUGUGGUACUUCCGGUCUUGUCAUUUCUUGCCAUUAUUUUUUGUAUUCCGCCAUUGACUCUACAUGCGAAGAACCGCAAUAUCCCAGCUACCGCGCUGAUCUGCUGGUGUAUUCUUCUGAGCGUGUUUAACAUCAUUAAUGCUAUCAUAUGGCCUACAGAUGAUACUUCAAAAUGGUGGAAUGGUACCGGUCUCUGUGAUAUCGAGGUAAAACUUAUGGUUGCCAGUUAUGUCGCCGUGCCUGGUGCUUUGACUUGCAUUUUCCGAGGACUGGCAACGGUGCUGGAUACCAGAAGAGCGAUCUUGGUCCCGAGCAAAGCCCAGCGCUGGCGCAAUAGACUUAUGGAACUGCUGUUCUGUGCAUUUUUCCCGGUAAUGGCCAUGAUAACCCACUUCAUCUACCAAAAAAACCGCUACUUUCUCUACUCCAUUUCCGGUUGUGUCAAUAACUACGACGAAAGCUGGGCUAGUUUCGUGCUAGCAUGGAUGUGGCCUCCUAUCAUUUGCCUCAUAUCGGCGUACUAUUGCUGCCUCGUCCUCAUCCGACUUCACAGGUACCGCAGCGAAUUUGAAGUGAUCCUCCGCAGCUCAAACAGCAACAUGAGUAAAUCGAGAUUCCUGCGCCUCUUCUUCGCCGCCUUCACUAUGCUUAUCGCCAUUCUCCCCGUUCAAGGAUACGUCAUCUACUACGACCUCUCACUAUCCCUCCCCUGGCAUGCCUACUCCUGGAGCCAUGUCCACAAUGCAGUUUGGUCUGAAGUCGUCAUGGUCGCAACACACGGAGCCGUCUUCUUCGAUCGCUGGACACCAAUCGCAAUGGGCUUCAUUAUUUUUAUCUUCUGCGGCUUCGGUCGCGAUGCCGUUCGUGUCUACCGCAUGCUCCUCUGGCGACUCGGUUUCGGAUACAUCUUCCCUCGCAUCGGUCGUCCAUUGGAUUCACAAGCUUCGGUUCCGGCUGCACAUGUCUCCAAUGCUACUACAUUAGUUGACUCACCUACAAACUCGAAGAAAUCGUUUUUCAAAUGGCGCAAGAGUGGGUCGGAUGUUGAGAAGGGCUUACGGCUUUCUUCUCGUCUUGGACGUGGUGUUCAUGCUGCGGUGCCUUGGUACCGUGCUCCGCUGUCGCUGUUUAAUCGUCGUUUUGCGGGUUCUAAUGAUCAGGAUAAUUUGUUGCAUGAUCUUUCUGUUACUGGUCAGACGAUUUCUACUAAUGCUUGGGCGGGGGUUAGUCAGGCUCGCUCGAGUAUUGAGCUUUCGGAGGGAAUAGCUUCACCGGUGCAGAAGGAUUCGAUUCAUAUCAAACAUGUCAUUUCGCAGCAGAGUGAGGUUCAGGUUUGA